CUCGCUCUCUCCAGCUAGCUCAUAGCAUUUCCUCACUCACAACUAUAUAUAUUUCUCCACAAACCCACCAACAUUCUCAGCCUAUGCUCUCUUCUCUCUCGGGCUUCAACCACUUAGAAGAAGCAUGCACAACAUCAUGACUACCCUAUUUCUCCUUAUCCUUCUCUCACUACUCACUGUUACACUCGGUGGUCGCGACAUACCAGAUAAAAACCCCUUUACUCCCAAGGCUUCGGUGGCACGCUACUGGGACAAACACGUCCGCAACACCUUGCCAAAGCCUUCAUUCCUUCUUUCCAAGGCCUCCCCUAUGACCGCCGUCCAAGCCGCCUCUUUCACAAACCUUGCCGCCACCAACACCCUCUCUACACGGUUGCCGGAGUUCUGCUCCGCCGCUCACCUGCUCUGCUUCCCGGAGGUACGUCCUAGCCUGGAGAAACACACCAAAGACGAGAAUUUUCAAACCUACAACGACGGCCAGAACUUCACCAACUACGGAACGGGUAGAGUAAACGGAAUAGACACCUUUAAAAACUACUCCAACGACAUCGUCAGCAUUCCGGUCAACGCUUUCCGUGGAUACAGCCGCUCAUCCAUUGACCACAGAGAAAGCUUCACCGGCUAUGCCAAUGACAUCAACGUCGCCGACCAGAGCUUCAACACUUACGGCUCCAACAGUGGCGGGGAAGGCUCCGGCGAGUUCAAAAAUUACUCCAGCAAUUCGAACGUCGCUGAACUGCGAUUCACCACCUACUCCGACGACACCGUCAAUAGGAAACAGUCGUUCUCCAGCUACAAUGAGGACGGAAACGCAGGCGACCAGACAUUCCAGAGCUAUGCCAAGAACUCCUUUGGCGACAAAAACGACUUCACAGGCUAUGGAACAGACUCCAACGUCGCCUCCUCUAGCUUCACUAACUACGCUAAGAAAGGCACAGCUAGCAAUAGUACGUUCACCAACUACGGCGUUAACAUGAAUAAUCCCCAAGAGAAAUUCGAAAGCUAUGGCGAUGGAACCGUUGGUGCGACGCACAACUUUGCCAACUAUAGGGACCAAGCUAACGUAGGAGACGAUUCGUUCCAAUCCUACGAGAAGAACACGUUUGCGUCCACAGUGAAUUUCAAAAACUACGGCAACUCCGCCAACCCCGGUUCCGACACUUUCAAAGGUUACGCUAAAGGAGCAGAACGUAACACGGUUGGCUUCACCGGCUACAGCGUUAACACUAACGCAACGUUUAAGGAUUACGCCAAAGAGGGUGUUUCCUUCGCUUCUUACAACACCUCUUCCUCUUCUUCAACUGUUGGUGGCAGUUUGGUAAAAAGGUGGGUUGAACCGGGUAAGUUUUUUCGUGAGAGCAUGCUGAAGGAAGGAACCGUGAUGGCCAUGCCAGACAUAAGAGAUAAAAUGCCCCAAAGAUCAUUUUUGCCCCGCUCUAUUCUGGUGAAAUUGCCCUUCUCUUCUUCAAAGAUUGAGGAGCUGAAGAGCGUGUUCAAGGUGUCUGAUAACUCCUCCAUGGAGAAGAUGAUGAUGGAGUCUUUGGGUGAGUGCGAGAGAGCACCCAGCGUCGGAGAGAUCAAACGGUGUGUGGGGUCUGUCGAGGACAUGAUUGAUUUUGCAACCUCUGUUUUGGGCCGUAAUGUCGGGGUUUGGACAACUCAGAACGUAAACGGGUUCGGUAAGAAUGUAAUGGUGGGUCGGGUCAAAGGGAUGAACGGUGGCAAGGUAACCAAAUCCGUCUCCUGUCACCAGAGCUGGUUCCCUUAUCUGCUUUACUACUGUCACUCCGUUCCUAAGGUUCGGGUGUACGAAGCGGAUCUCUUGGAUCCGGAAUCCAAGGCGAAGAUUAACCACGGUGUUGCUAUAUGUCACUUGGACACCACCGCAUGGAGCCCGACCCACGGCGCAUUCGUAGCUCUUGGAUCGGGUCCGGGUCGGAUUGAAGUAUGCCAUUGGAUCUUCGAGAAUGACAUGACUUGGACCGUUGCAGAUUGAUUGAGGAAAGAAGUGACGGUGAUUAGAAUCGGUUUCCGCCAGCUGCUAAUAAAAAUGAAAGCUGUCUCCACCGCAUGUUAAUGUGUUUUUUCAUUUUUAGUUUGUUAUUUAAAAAUAACUAAAUGGUUUCUGGAAGAAUCCACCUGUUUACAUAACCUGUCAAUUAAUUUAAAUGUUUGCAACUGUGUUUGUAAUUA